AGUUUUGAAUAUUUCAAGUCAUGAGUAAAUAAGUGAUUUUUAGUCUAAGGUAUGUAUUAGGCUACUAGUAUUAGAUUAAUACUGGAACUUAAAUGUGAAUAGUUCAGUAAAGUUUAGGCCCACUAAUAAAUAAAUAUGUUAUGUUUUGCUCGUGCAGGCUAUUACCCUAGUGUUUGGCCUGAUAUUUUGUGAAAUAAUGCAGAGACAGAUUUUUAGUGGGCCUAAACUUUACCUAAUUGCAACAUUCAUCAUUCAUAAUGUAAGUAGGCCUAAUAGAUACGUUUCAUGGCACCUGAACGGUUUAGACUAAAAAACACUUUCUAUUCGACUCUAGGUUAUUUACUCAUGACGUGAAAUAUUAAGAACUAUACUGUGUCAGAGGUAAGAGAUGUUGUAGGUUUGAAUACAAUACCACAUCUACACGCUAGCGACGCGACAGUGAGAUCGCAUUCCAGGAACAUUCCAGUUGUGACGCCUUCGAGCUCAAGAAGCACCCAAUGAACGCCGUGACUCCGCCCGAUGUCAGGUGCACUAGACUUACCCUCACUGUCCUCGGUCAAAUCACUUCAUCUCACUCUCGAGACCGCAAAGAAACUCCGCAAGUGAACGUGCUGAUUUGAACUCACCUGGGCGGAUAUAUAUCAUGGAUUUGAUCUGAAUCGUUUUUUAGGCUAACAGGAGGUGAGAGCAACAGCAGACAGGAUGAGUUGGGGAGCACUUUAUGCCCAGCUGGGAGGAGUAAAUAAACACUCCACUAGCCUGGGAAAGAUCUGGCUAUCUGUCCUCUUCAUCUUUCGCAUUAGCAUCCUUGUAAUAGCCGCCGAAACAGUCUGGGGGGAUGAGCAAUCCGACUUCACCUGUAACACACAGCAGCCCGGCUGCAAAAACGUCUGCUACGACCACUUCUUUCCAGUCUCACACAUCCGUCUCUGGUGCCUGCAGCUCAUCUUUGUGUCUACACCGGCUUUGAUGGUGGCUAUGCAUGUGGCAUAUCGCAAACAUAAUGUAAAGAAAAGACUUUUGGCCAACCGAGGUGGCGGUGCCAAAGGGGAAGACCUGGAGAGUCUGAAGAAUAGGCGUCUACCCAUCACUGGGCCGCUGUGGUGGACCUACACCUCCAGCCUGUUCUUCAGACUCCUUUUCGAGGCCGGAUUCAUGUACGCUCUGUAUUAUGUCUAUGAUGGGUUUCAGAUGGCCCGUCUUGUGAAGUGUGAGCAGUGGCCCUGUCCCAAUAAAGUUGACUGCUUUAUCUCACGACCAACAGAGAAGACAGUCUUCACCAUCUUCAUGGUGGGAUCUUCUUCCAUCUGCAUUGUGCUCAAUGUGGCUGAACUGGCCUACCUGAUUGUCAAAGCAUUGCUGAGGUGCUCAGCCAGAGCCAAAGGAAGGCACGCUUUUGUUCACCAAGAUAAAAUGUCCACAGAAAAAGCAAACUUGCAGAAUGAAAAGAACGCAAGGUUGCUGUCAUCUGCUUCGGACUCCUUGAGCGAUAAGACUGUUUAAGAUUAUCCUUACAUCCAGUGACUGAUUCUACCAACAUGGUUAUAGGCUUGUGAUGACGGUGUUUUAAAGGUGACCAAACACACACAGUUUCACCCAAUCUAAUGUUAAUCUUGACGAUCUAUAAAGUAGUAUUGCAUCCUUCAUAUCUCCAAAAAGUCUUAAGUUUUAUAAUUUUUAUACAAGAAAGAUGCACCUUUCCGAUUCUCUAAAGAGUGAGGAGCACUUAAGUGCUGAUUGCCAACAAAACAGAGACAUUGGAUGCAGUUUCACUUACGAAUCGUGACCGGGAUCUUUCAUAGCUGGGACCACUUCAUCUUUCAGUAUCAAACGAUGUGCAAAUCCAGCGUCGAACUGGGACUUGUUUACAAAACUUUCAUCAACAAACAGACUUGCGAAACUCCAUUGCUGCCCCGAAAAAAACAACUGCAUCCACUGAACACUGUGUUCUUCGGGAAGCUAAGAGAAGCUAGAAGGGAGAAAUGCCCACAUAAGGAGUUCCACCUUUCAUUAUGUAAUUAAGAGCAACGAUCAAAAAAACACAGAAGUGUGUUUUUUGAGACUUUGGCCAUGCUUAUAUGAGAAUCCAACUCUUUAACAGUGUAAAUAACUUUGAAUGCCUGAAACAGCAUUAGACCUCCCUUUUAACUUCUCUAAUGCUAUUAGAACAUUAGAAUUGGUGUGUUUUGUACCUUGUUUUUGACACCCUGCCCUGAGAAAACAACAAAGCCUAACCUGACAGCAGGUUUCAAGCAUGCUUCAUUCAAGAGCUGACAUUCCUGGUGACAGUGAUUUUGCCAAAUAAGACAUGUUCCUGGAUCAACAUUACUGUCCAAAAAUACAGAUUUGCAAAAUCUCUACGCCUAAGAUUAACCCACAAUUUAUUCCUAAAAUCAGAGGGAAAUGAUAGCUGAUUAAAAAGGGUGAAGAAGCACCUCAUCCUGUUUGUAAGCCUAAAACUGACCUUUCCUGAAAAGUUAUCUCUCAAUUCUGAUUGGUUGAUUGGAAUGAUGUACCUGGAUGAACAAAGAUGUUGAUUCUGGAACAUGUUGUACUUGGUCAAAUCACGCUCACCGACAUCCUCCUCCAAGCCAGAAGACGAUUAGGGUGUACAUACGGCACUGUACGUACGUUCUGUGUUAAAUUUAAUUUUCUAAAUUACUUAAUAGCCUCACAGACAGUCCUACUCUCUCGUGGCAUUAGAAAAGCUCAAGAGUGACUCCUGCUGGUCACGUUCAGAGACCCUCUCAGCACAAAAUUGAGUGUUCUUUUUGAGGGAUCAAUUUACACGAUGUUGUAUUGUGUAUAUAAAUGCUUCUUUUUAAGACUUAGUUUUGCUUUGUUUACUUCUUUUUAAACGCAAUUCCUCGCAUGCUCUUUCUGUUACCCAUCAACCGUUUUGACUAGCUAUAUAUAUUUUACAGAGCUGUGCUGGAUUUGUGUUUUUGUAUGUGCUUAUAUGUGCUUAUUUUACCACAUAAUUUAAAUGUCUUCAGGAACUGCACUCCUGUGUUUAGUUUGAAGUAAUUUCACAAGGAUCUGUUGCAUUGACCCAUACCGGUGAUUUUAUUUCAGUAGCCUAUGCCGCAGUGCCUUAUGAGGUUGAUAACAAACAAGGCUGAGUGGAGUGAGAUGAUCGUUUACUAGCUGCGCGGACUCCGUGACCCCGAGUCGGUCAGUCAGUCCACCUGUUGACAGGUGAGCGCUUGUGGUCUCGCGCUUCGUCAGCUGUCCGUUAUCUUCUGCUUUGUUUUUCUCCUCUCUGAGAGGCCCUACAAGACAGCCAAGACCAGUUUUGAAUUUAAGGCUGUGUUUAAACCGCGGAAAUUAUUGUUUCCUAAGUUUCCACAUGGCUUUGAUGGAAUCUUCUGCUGUUUCCUAAAGUGAGCUGUGAUAAUUUUUCGAUAUAGCCUACACCUGUUUGUAAAAGUAGCUAUACAUUUCUUUGACAUUUUGGCUAACAACGUCUUUUUAAUAUGAAUAUGUUAAUAAAAAACGUAUUAAAUGUU